UUUCAGCUCAGCAGUACUCAAAUCCAUCAAUGGCGGAAGGCAACAUUCAGGUUCAACGAGGGAGAAGGACCGGAAGAAGAACAGGGGGAGGAACAACCCCACGUACUCUUCUUCCGCUCCGCCGUGUCUCCUCCCACCUCUCCAACUCCAUUUCCUGCUGGUACUGUGACUUCAAGUCGUCUGUCUUCAACGAACCUCUCUUUCAAUUCGGACGAAAAUACUUCAGGUGGUUAAGAAUAUGGUUCUCUAUCGGAAUGGGUUUCAGUUUGACCACUUUAAUUGGAGUUACACUCAUUAUCUUAUUGGAAUCAGCUAGAGCUUUGAAUCUAUACAAUGGGAUCCCAUGGCUCAACAAUAUUCUUAAUGGAUCCAUCUUCGGAUCCUACUCUUCACUAUACAACAUAACAGUUGCUGAUAUUGGAUACAUGUGCAUCUCUUCCAUAAUAUCUGUAUCCAUACAUGAACUUGGACACGCACUUUCUGCCACAAGUGAGGGCAUACAAAUUGAGUACACUGCCGUGUUUUUGGCAGUUCUGUUUCCAGGUGCACUUGUUGCCUUCAAUGAUGAUUUGCUACAAAUGAUCCCACGUGUAGCUACACUUCGCAUAUACUGUGCAGGAAUCUGGCAUAAUGCAGCAUUAUGUCUUGUUUGUGCGUUGACUCUCUUCCUUCUACCAUUCAUCGUCUAUCCACUUUACUCCCAUGGUGAAAGCCUCAUGGUUUUGGAUGUUUCUCGUAAGUCACCUUUGUAUGGCCACUUAUCUCCCGGUGAUAUAAUCACCAUGUUAGACGGGGCCCACGUUCAUACAACAAAAGAAUGGAUGGAUAUUUCCUAUUUUUUAGAGAAGCAAAAAUCUCAAACAAAUAAAGGAUAUUGUGUCCCGAAUUUAGAGAUUGCAGGAAGCAAGAAUCCUGAAAUCAUGGACAACAAAUUCAUAUGUCCAAACGACCUCACUUUAUUCACCACCAUUUCAUGUAAUUCAAGAACAAAUGAAACCGAUCAUCAACAAACAAAAGAGCAUAUCUAUUGUUUUCCGGCCAAGGGCGUGUUAGGGGAGAAAAAAUGUGGCGAUGGGUGGGGCAAUUUGGUAAAAGACGAUGGUAAUUGUUUAUGUACGGAUGAUGAGUCGUGCUCGAGUCCAAUUCAUAUGACAGGUGUCACAUGGGUUGAGAUCACAUUUUCGAGACAUGAAUGUGAAAAUAAAGAAAAUAAAUGUGGUGGGAGUUUUGUGUUUGUAGGUGAUAUAAUAUCAAUGGCACGUUCGAUUAGGGUAACAAAUUAUCAGUCUCGUUGGUUUUAUGGUGUUGUGUGUGUUCCUGUUGUAGUGGAGAAGUUGUUGGUGAAUAUCUUUCAUGUGUCAUUGAUGUUGGCUCUUUUGAAUAGUUUGCCGGUAUAUUAUCUUGAUGGAGAAUCGAUUUUAGAGGUGGCUCUUUGUUGUUUUAGUUCAUUGACACCGAGGAUACGUGAAUUGGUUGUUCGAUCGUGUUUAGUUGGAGGAACGCUUAUUUGUUGUCUUUUAAUUUCGAGGAUUUUGUUUCUUGUUAUUUCGUAUUAAAGGGUUUUAUGGUUAUUAAUUGCUUGUAGGAAGUUGUUUAAUAUGUAAGACUGACUUUUUAUGGCA